AUGGCAGCCUUACCGCCGCUCAACAUCCCACCAGAGCUCUUGCAAGAGUUUUCGAAAUACGGUACGCCAACAGGAUUUGCCGAUUAUGUUGCCUUGGCAGUUCUAGGUGGAAUUGGAGCAACAUACCUUUCAAAAGGAUGGUUAUGGGAUAAACCAGAUCCGUUUCACCAUAUCUUGUUUGAAAGGCCCCAGCUGAAAAAUGGUGGAAAGGCUGGUUCAGCCAACAAGGAGACCCGCAACAUCGCACAGAAGCUGGAAGAGACGGGCAAGAAUAUCGUUGUGUUCUGGGGAUCCCAGUCCGGCACAGCCGAGGGUUUCGCCCACCGUCUGGCCAGAGAGAUAUCCUUUAGAUGGGGCCAGGAAACCAUGACUGCCGACCUCUCGGAUUAUGACCCGGUCACAAUUAGUGAAAUCCCUAAGGCCAAGUUGGCUAUCUUCCUUGUUUCGACAUACGGCGAGGGAGAUCCCAGCGAUAAUACAGCGGAAUUUUGGAGCUGGAUUCUGAAAGCCCGCGACGUGUCGCUAUCCAACUUGCGGUAUGCUGCGUUCGGUUUAGGGAACACGAACUACAAAUUUUAUAACCGAGUUGUUGAUGUUAUCAUUGAAGGCUUAGACAAGUUCGGCGCUCAGGCUAUCAUUCCCGUUGGAAAGGCAAAUGACGCAGAAGGAACAACCGAGGAAGACUUUAUGUCAUGGAAAGACGAUCUUUUCAGAAUCUUCAAACACAAGUUGGGAUUCCAAGAAGCUGGAGCAAGAUAUAUCCCGAGCUUAAAGGUCGAAGAAGAUGAAUCUCUUGAGCCUAUCGAUCUGCAUCACGGUGAGCCGAACAAUCGUGAAGCACCCAAAGCAGCCGCCAAAUCCUCAACUGUACGCACAUUGAGCAUUUCCGACUCCAGGGAGCUCUUCAAGUCAUCUAAUCGCCACUGCCUUCACAUGGACGUAGACCUGACCAACCAGCCCGAGCUGAGUUAUAAGACCGGAGACCACCUUGCUAUCUGGCCCGGGAAUCCCGAUGUUGAAGUUGAACGUCUACUCGACGUCCUUGGAAUCUCCUCACGCCGCGAUAUCCCACUUGUUAUUAAGGCGCUCGACCCAGCAACCAAGAUCACGAUUCCAACCCCGACCAGCGCCGUUGCCAUCUUCCGCUACUACCUCGAGAUAGGUGCAUGCGUGAACCGCGAUAAUAUAUGCGACCUGGCACAAUUUGCACCUACCCCUGAGGCUAAGGCCUAUCUUCUCCAGUUUGGCCAAGACAAGGACGUCUACGCCAGCUUUAUCAGUCGCACCCACAUCAAUCUCGGUCGACUGUUGCAACUAGCAUGCCCCGACAAGCCAUGGGAUAAGCUUCCACUCUCAUAUCUUGUCGAAACGAUGCCCCACAUCCGACCCCGAUACUAUUCCAUCUCGUCCAGUAGCAUGGUUUCUCCUCGCAAACCUUCCAUCACAGCCAUUGUCUCAACAGCCCCACUGCCGCAAAAUCCCAACGAGCUCAUUCACGGUGUCACAUCCAACUACCUUCUUGCACUUUCCCAGCAAGCCCGCUCCAAAUCUCACCCCAGCGGUAUCACCUACCAUCUGAACGGUCCCGCCGACGCCCUUCAAGGUGGUAAAGUGUUCGCUCAUAUCCGUCGAAGCAACUUCAAGCUUCCGACUGUGGUAAAUACACCAUUGAUUAUGGUCGCUGCGGGAACGGGUAUCGCGCCUUUCCGCGCAUUCCUCUCUGAGCGCUGUCAAUUUUUGAAAAUCGGGAAGGACGUCGGCCAGAUGAUUCUCUUCUUUGGAUGCCGGAACCCCAACGAAGAUUAUAUCUAUCGUGAAGAGUUGGAAGAAAUGCAAGUGGCAUUGGGAGAUCGGUUGAGAAUUGUCACUGCUUUCUCUCGACUGGAGGGGACGCCUCGUCAAUACGUGCAGGACCGGGUUGCUGAGUUUGGGAACGAUGUCAUUCGGCUCAUUGAUGAAGGGGGUACCUUCUAUGUCUGCGGUCGGGCUGGUAUGGCUCGUGAAGUUGAGAAGGUGGUUGGGCAGACUAUGAAGGGUGCUAAGAGGUGGAGCGACGAUGAGUUUAAUGGUUGGAGUAAGACAAUUAAGAUGAUGGAUAAGUGGCAGGAGGAUGUUUGGGGAUAG